AUUCCAAUCACAGCGGUCUAACUCCAUCACUCCUGUACAAUGGCUUUCAAAUUCUUCCUCCUGUCUGCCCUGAUUGCCGUGGCCAGCGCUGGUCUGCUCCCAGUUGCCGUGAAGCACGUGGAAUAUGCCGAAGCUCCCGCCGAGUACCAGUUCCAGUACUCCGUCCAUGAUGACCACACCGGAGACAUCAAGAGCCAACAGGAGGAACGCCACGGAGACAAUGUCGUCGGACAGUACACCCUGAUUGAUGCCGAUGGUUACCGUCGCGUUGUGGACUACACCGCCGAUGAGCACAACGGAUUCAACGCCGUCGUCCGCCGUGAACCUCUGACCCAGAAGGUCGUCAAGGCCGUCAAGGUGGUUGCCCCAGUCCAGCACUACGUCUCGGCCCCGGUUGUGCACAAGGUUGCCCUGCCAGUGGCCAAGGUCGCUUACCCAACCUACUAUCACCACUAAAUUGGAUCCUAUUUCAUCUCACCAUCAUAGAUCUUCAUCGCAUCCAGUAGCUCUGAUUGUUAUGCUAGAAUAAAUUUAUUUAUUUCAAUUCAAAUCUUGAUAAACAAGCAAA